GCCAACUAUUGAUAUUAUCUAAUGUUUGCAACAACCUUCGGUGACAUCGUACCGGCUUUUUCGGCUAGGAUUUUGAGUAAAUAUUUUCUAAAAUGUUGGCGGCUGGAACCAAAAUCGGGGCAUUUGCUCCCUUUAUAAGCGCUACCUCUCAAAACGUGGCAUCUCAACUGAGGCCAGCCGUCGUGGUUGUUCCUUCAUUAGUCCCAACUUUUAAGAUUCCAUCCGACAUAGCGAAACACACAAAUGAAGCCAUGAGUACGUUCAGACCACGCAGCACUCUGAAAGUGACAUCGGGUGUUCAGGGACCCAGCUAUGUCAGAUAUGCACACACCGACAUCCAGGUUCCUGACUUCUCAGAGUACCGCCAUGCAGACACACAAGACCCCAACAAACCAGCCCACCAGAAAUCGGUGGAUCGCAAAGCCUACUCCUACAUGAUGGUGGGCGCAGGUGGCAUAGCCGCGGCCUACGUAGCGAAGACCCUGGUGACAGAGUUUGUCAGCACCAUGAGCGCGUCAGCUGAUGUCUUGGCCAUGGCCAAGAUUGAAAUCAAACUGAGCGAGAUUCCGGAGGGAAAGAAUAUGACCUUCAAGUGGAGAGGCAAACCGCUCUUUGUGCGACACAGGACCCAGGCCGAGAUUGACGACGUCACCUCAGUAGACGUUUCCUCCCUGCGUCACCAGCAGCAUGACAACGAGCGGGUCAAGGACCCCGAGUGGCUGAUCCUCAUUGGCGUGUGCACGCACCUGGGCUGUGUGCCGAUUGCCAACGCCGGCGACUUUGGUGGUUACUACUGUCCCUGCCAUGGCUCCCAUUACGACGCAUCGGGGAGAAUCCGGAAGGGGCCAGCACCCGAGAACUUGGAGGUCCCCGAGUAUGUCUUCAACGGCGAUGAGCUUGUAGUCGGAUAACUGUGGCUUAAUCCCAGGUCUGGACUGAUGUUACCUGCCACUGACAUGGCAAAGACAUUUUGAAAGCAAGGCGCAAAAACCUCUCUGCAGAUCAUUAGCUCUGAACCCAUCCUUACCACUGCAGUACCACAACCAUAAAUCUGUAAAACAAAUUGAUCCCCCAGAACCCGGGUUCUUUGAAUAACAUAUAUCGCGACAUCAAAAUGUUAUCCUGGGUACAGGAUUCAUGGGCACUGGAUAUAUUUACUUUAAGGUUGACCUCAGAACUAUGUAAAAAAAAGUUGAAGCAAUAACCGAAGCUUUGCAAGAGUUUGAUGUGUUCAAGUUAAUAAAACAGGUUAUUUCCUCAAAUCCUGUGCUGUGGAGGAGCCAAGGUGUUUGCAAACAGUCAGUGGCAGUGACAUACAGUCCUAGGUGUUGUACAUGCACGCAUCCAAUUUUAAUAUAAACUAAAAUACAACUUUGUGUUGAUUUUUGACCACCAAAUAGCCCCCAUAAGAAAUCAAAAUUAGAAACCAACAGUAGCAAAGUGACAAUAUCUUUUAGCUUCAUCAAAGUCCUCUGUUCAGUCACUUGGACACGGAAGGCUUAAUCCCGCAAAGGAUGGAACUAGUCUGUGAAAACAAGUCUCCAUUUCCAAAUACAUUUGAAUCUAGCUUUUCAUUACAAUACAUACUUCAACCUUUAGGUAUUUAUUUCAAAACAGAAGUCUACAGUCUUCUUUUCCUUUCAAAUUCCUGUGUGAUUCAACAGUUUGUCCCCCCACUGCGAGCCCAUUUAGCUUCUAAGCAAACAGCUUCCCACAUGUAAAUGUACAGCCGUUUUGUUAAUGUACAGAAAUUUGCUUGGCUUUAGCUUCACAGUCUGUGUAGAGUAUUGUACACUGAAUACAAGUAAAUCCUAACUCUUGUGUAGAGACUACACGAACACAUUUUUCAGAAGUAGGUUUUGUUUGGUUUGACUCGUAUUACAAAUCUAUGUUAACACAUUUGAUAAACAAGAAACAUACAAGGUUGCAAGUUGUCAGAGUGAAAUUUCAAUAAAACCUUCAUGAAUUACAUUUA